CGUUUGAUGGGUACAAAUGGGUUUGGGUCCGAGGAUGAGUUCGAUGCCUCAAGGGAUGAGGCUAUUCCCCUUCUCCUAGGGAUGGCCUCCGCAAGUAAGGAGAAUAUUCCAUUCUAUGGAAGUAAUUCUCUUGCACCCCACCAGGGUUCUAAUACCAGUGGUAGCGACCCCAAUGGCAGGCUAGUACAUCACUCUCUUGUCAUCUCUAUGAAAAAUACUAAUGCCUUGAAUCCGUUUUCUAGGCAGUCAGCUAUUCGCGCCAUACUGAAUGCUGGAGUAUGCGAUGCACCCGAUGAUAAACAAUGUACAGCUAAACCCUCAAAUGGAAACUGUAUAACCACAUGUGUUGGUAGUAAUGAAAUCUCCAGGGACCAAAAUACCCCCACCGGGAGUCUUGGACUGAGUGCUCUAACAAAUAGCUUCGCCGCGCUCCAACAUUCUAACUCAAGCCCUUUCGCACAAGCGGAGGAGGUAAUAUCCCUUUAUCCUAGCGUGUUUUCUUCAGGUGAACAAAUCUCAAUCCUCAACAAGGACGGCAGGAGAGAAGAGGGUUGUGCGGGGAGUCCCGAGACAAAGUCUUCGCCGCAGGGAGCUGAUUGGACGGAUCUACCGGAAGGUACCUUCGAUCCUCGUGCCCCACCUUUCGCUGCCCCUGCCUCAAAGGACUGUAGAAAACGAUCCACUCGGCCCGGGAAGCCAAAAGAGCCCCUCGGCAAGGAGGAGGUCUGGCCUCCCGGAAUAUUGAUGAAAGGAUUCUACCCUGACCAGGAGAGAUCCGUGGAUCUCAAAGUAUUUAGGGAGAAGCUUGGUGGAGUCCGGAAUUGGUGCGUGUUUCCCCCAGUUCAGGUUGCUGUGGAGUAUCUCCCCAAGGAGCUCAGGCGUUUGGAUUGGACUGGCCGUGAGGGGGACAAGGGUGGCCUACUGGAUCCAAUUCUUCU